GAGAAAAGCCAAAUUGGCUAUUCCCUCACUCACCCUCUCCCAUUAUUUCGGCCAAAGAGACCCAAGAGAGAAGGAUAACUCUUGCAACCUCAUCCUCCAUAGCCAAGAACUGAACUCAAGCUUAAGGAGUCCAAAGAAGGGGUUUUUAAGAAGGGAAAAGUUGGGAGGAAGUGUGAAAGAUUAAGGACCUUGCUAGGAACUUGAUUAGAGUGUUUUUGAGCUUCGCCGGAGUUUCACCGGAGUUGGUCAAAGUUCGCCGGAGCUGGUCAAAGUUCACCGGAAUUAGUCAAAGAUCGAUCGAGAAGCGUAGAACACGCUUAAGCUCACUUAAGUUUCAGGUAGAACUUGAAGGUUGCUACCAACGACGUUGCUCUCGGGAGGAUCCAAGGAAGGGGAGGCGCGAAAUGGAGCCAAUUGGAAGGAUCACUAGGAGGAACCCGACGGGCCGUGUACCGGGUGGGUCCGAACGCGGCAGCCGGGGGUCGACUAGGGUGUCAAGGGGAAGGGGCCGUGGAGGCCAACAACAAACCGUGAGCGAUGGCCACGUGGACACCGAAAGUGAGACUUAUUGGUCCUAUGAGGACUCAACCUAUAGGCCGGAAACCGAGCCAGUGGAAACCCCAUAUGAUGGGGAGGAUGAUGAUGUGAGUGGAGAGAGUGAAGACGAUGGCACUCUCGGGAGAAUCGAGGCGCUGCUCCAACAAUACCACCGGGAGCGCGAAGAGAGAAGACAACGCCGAAGGCGCCGAGCGGGGCAACCUUCGGGCAUGGCUUCGAGAGGAGGAAGCCAAGGUGCUUCUAGGGUCCAUGUUGAACCACAUGGAGGCCAAAAUACGGGAGGUCCAACCAUAAGGAUCUCCAAAUUUAUCAAAGAAGCGCGAGAUUUGGGAUGUAAACCGUUUGAUGGAACGGGAGACAUCUCUGUUGCAGCCGAAUGGAUCAAAAGAUUCAACGAAGCGGCCCUUGACAUGCAGCUGCCACCCAACAUGAAACUGAGGGUGGCAACAAGAUUGCUCGAAGGCAUGGCGUCCACGUGGUGGGACGGAGUCAAAGGAAAAUACGGCGAGGCCGUCACUUGGGAGAACUUUCGGCAGGAGUUCUUCAACCAAUACUACUCCGACUUCGAAGUAAACAUGAAGAGGAGGGAGUAUACGAACUUGAUACAAGGAGGUGCAUGUACGGUGAAGGAACUUGAGCACAAGUUCAGAAAGCUUGCCGAAUUCAUACCGGAGUACAUAUGUGAUGAGAACCGGAUGGUGAAUCACUUCUGGGAUGCCUUGGACCUUGACAUACGCGAGAGGGCAACACAAUUGCCUAAUAUGACGUUUAGUCAAGUGGUUGAACAAGGCCUGAAAGGAGAGAAGGAGUGGGAGGAAAGAAAGCGAAGGAACGCCGAGGAGGCGAAGAAGAGGAAGUGGGAAAGCCAUGGCCCCCAAGGUUCUAACAAAAAGGGGAACCACGGGGGAGGGGGAUCGUUCAGAGCACCGGCACCGCCAUCCAAGGGAAACCCGGCUUUCGGCGGGCACAACUCGGGCUCACAAGCCUUAACGGCGCCCAGGUGCCGAAAUUGCAACAGGAGCCACGCCGGUAAGUGUCGUGACCCUCCUCGGUGCUACCAAUGUGGAGACACGGGGCAUAUUAAACCAAAUUGCCCUCAACUUGGUGGGAACCGGGGGGCGGGAUCAAGCGGCGCUACUACGGCAAGUAGGAGUCGGACCGGAGCACCCCAUGCUAGUACGGGGCAAGGGGGAACGAGCACCAGCAAUGCGCCGUCCGUGAAUCAAGGAAGGACGCAAGCUAGAGUCUACGCAAUGACCGAGGCCGAUGCUCGGGCUGAUCCCGACUCCGUCGCAGUUUCAGGUAGAACUUGAAGGUUGCUACCAACGACGUUGCUCUCGGGAGGAUCCAUGGAUAAUAUUUUUAAAUAUUUAUUUGGGGGCUUGUAUGCCCAUGUUUGCCAAGGUGUGGUAUGAAUACUCGUAUUGAAUGUUUCCGCUGCUAUGAAUGAAUAUUUUACAUUAUGUUUGUUUAUGGAUGUACUAUGUGUGAAUGAUAUUCCAGACGCCUUGUAUAGUAUGGAUGUGUUGGACUGCGGUUGACUAUUCGUACUGUACGGCGGAUUGUUUACGUGUCCGGUUAGGUCCGGGGCGUGACAGCAAAGGUUGGAUUAUUCAUGAAUAAUCAAAAGGUGGGACUAUUGUAAGAA